GGCAGAUCGAGCCGGCUCGAGCCGGCUGCGUCGGAGCCAGCCCGUUGCGUUGUUGGUGGCCCUUGCAUUUGUCUUGCAUUUGUCUUGCAUUUGCCUUGCAUUUGUCUUGCGUUUGCCUUGCGCUUGUCCUGCCUCGCCCCGUCCAGCAAGCUGAUCGAUCGCCAUGGUCUGGCCGAAAGGGAGACCGCGGAAGCCUCGGCUCCCGUUUGAUCACGAAGAUGACAUCGAGUACACAGACGCAAGCAAGCGACUCGCCGUCGACAUCGACAACGUGCCGACACCGCAUGCCGCUGGCCGUGAGUCUUUCGACCAGGAUCCCAGUGACCCUGCAACAAGCAAAGCCCAGGGCGAGCCUGUGUCCGAGACCAACGAUGAAGUUGGAAAAAGCGAGCACCAUACUCAUAGAAAGAGAAAGCAUGAAGAGGAAAGCGGCAUAUCGGAUGGCACCCGCCCCGACCACGAACAAGACAAUGGCAACGACGGUGAGGAAGCCGAAGAAGGCGAGGACGACGGCGACGGCGACAAUGAUGGCGAAGGAGAGGAAGGAGAUGAGGGCGACGAAAAUGAAGAUGAAGAGGAACAAGACGACGACGAAGAAGAAGACGAAGGAGACGAAGAAGAUGAUGACGGUGAUGAGGAUGAAGACGAAGACGAUCCCGAUCAUGAGGACGAAGACGGCGAGGAUAGUGGUGAAAGUGCAGAAAGCGACAGCGAUGACGGAACUGCCUUUCGUCGCACCCUCCGACGGCGAGCACCGGCAAACUCAGCCGCAACAACCGAGACACCAAAGACACGAGGAGGAAGAGGGAAACGAGCAAGGGGAACGAGAGGAUCAAGAGGAGGGAGGGGAUCAAGAGGCAGGGGCUCGAGAGGCGGGACCACCGUCUCCAGAGGCACUCGCGGCGCCCGAGGUUCCCGUGGGCGAGGAACCCGAGGCGGCCGAGGCUCAAGAGGCGGUCGAGGAUCGCGCGGCACCGUCGCUUCCCGAGCCAGGGGAGGACGUCGCGGUCGAGGAAGCACCAGGUCCUCCGUAUCGCUCGGGUCACCUCCUGAAUCUCCGACCGACGAACCCGCCCGAAACGAAGUCUCGGCCCGACGCGCAAGAGGAACAGGCCGAGGCGGAUAUAGUCGACGAGGCACUCGACGAGGUGACCAAGACACUUCGUCGGACGAGGAGUCGCCCAGUCCCUCUGAGGAGUCGUUCUCCAGCCCACCGAAGAAUGUUGCAGACACCCCGAUCCAGUCCACAGCCCCGCAGCAAACUGGGCAGAUGAUGCCAAGCCCAGUUGUCUUGGCGACGCCAACACCAACAUCGAUCCUGUCGCCACAGCUUCGGCCAUCAUCCAUUCCGAAAUCGGCGCUGCAUCCGGGGCGCGUUGUCAGCAGGUCCCCCUUUCGAUCUAUCAACGCCCUUCUAAGCACCGAAGCCCUGCCCAAGACCGGAAGAUUGUACUUUUCGGACCAAAUCAACGCUCAAGAUGCAGACGAUGCUAUUCGAGACGGACAGGUGUACGGCUCUACAAUAGAGCCAGCAGUCUCCUUCCCCAAGAGCUUUGGUGCAGAGUCCUCGAUAGACCAGUUUCGUAUGGAUGGCCCCAACUCAUAUCAGUAUAACCCGCAAAGCAAUGGGCAAGCUGAUCCCAACGGUCCGGAUGCGCCCUCGGCAUCAUCCAACAGCUCCAGCCAGAUGCUACCGAUGCAUAUGGCAGUCCGAAAUGCUCUCAGAGUCGAAAUGGAAUCGGUGUUGAAGAAAGAACUGGACCGGGUACAGAGCGAACUGCUGCGAGCGCUCCAAAACGAUACCUUUGUCAGCGGUAUUACUUCAAAGAUCGCCGAGACACUCAAAGCGGAUCACCGGCCUGCCGAGGCCCAGGAUAAUGUCGGUCACAGGUCGCGAUAAUCACUGUACAAGCACUCGAAGGCCGACACCCGCGCUUGCCGACCCAUUGGCGCAUUCCGCAGACAAUAUAUCUUAUGGCACGUGCGCUCUCCUGAGCUGGA